GUGUAAUUACGGGUGUGUUACAGUCAGAUUGAUUUAAAGUUGUUGUUAAAGUGUUUAUUAUACAUUAAUUAUACAUUAAUAAUAACAUCAACAAUAAUAACGAAAAACAAUAUUUAAUAAUGAAGAGAAAAUCGCGGAGAAUAAAGAAAGUUUGUGAAUCUCACAGUAACUCACACACAGCUCCGCCCGUCACCCACGACCACCACUGUCUGCUGAACCUGGUGUGGUGGGCUCAUGAGCACGCUGGGGAGUGCAGUUCUCGCCCCGGCCUGCAAAAGGUGCUGGAGGAGAGGUGUGGGGGUGCGGUCAGGGCCGUGUGGAGCUGUGCUGAUGGACACUCCUAUAUCAUGGACACCUCAAACACCUGCAGGAUAAACAGGAACAACACACACCCCCAAACGCACCGACCAAUCAGAACCAGCACUGAUAACGUGGCCCACGUGAACAGAGAUUCGCCCCAGAGCCCCGCCCACAGAAACGCAGCUCAGACACAAAGCUCCACCCACAGCCACACCCACACAGAUAAAUCCGAUGGUGCUGUGGGAGCAGAUAAAGUUCUAUCACAUGUUCAACCUGUAGAGGAGAGUGACCUGUCAGACAGGAUUUUCUCCAGUGAGGAGGAGGAGGAUGAGAUGAUGAAGGUCUCCACUGGGAGCAGAGCAAACAUUCACACUGAUAAAAAGUCACACAGCAGUAAGAUGGUGAUGAUCCCAGAGCCUAAAGAGAGGAAGAAACCAGGACCCAAACCAGGCUGGAAAAAGAAACUUAAAUCAGAGAGAGAGGAUUUACCCUCCAUCUAUAAGUGUCCUCAUCAGGGCUGCACCGCUGUGUACAGAGGAGUGGACGGGAUGAGGAAGCAUGUGAAGGAACACCAUGAGGAGGUGAAGGAACGCCCCUGUCCUCAUCCCGGCUGUAAUAAAGUGUUUAUGAUCGACCGUUACCUGCAGAGACACAUCAAACUCAUACACACAGAGGUGAGGAACUACAUCUGUGAUCAGUGUGGACAGACGUUUAAACAGAGGAAACAUUUACUGGUACAUCAGAUGAGACACUCAGGAGCUAAACCACUACAAUGUGAGGUUUGCGGGUUCCAGUGUCGACAGCGAGCGUCUCUAAAGUAUCACAUGACCAAGCACAAGGCGGAGGCGGAGCUGGAGUUCGUGUGCAGUGUGUGUGAGCGACGUUUUGAAAAAGCGCACAACCUGAAAGUCCACAUGAGCAUGGUGCACCCCCUCCUACAGGAGCACAACACCUACACGGACUCACAGUCACACCUAAUACUACACACAGACCCUCUCACACUGUCCCAGUCACACACACAAUCACAGCAGAAGUGAACGCAUCUCCACAUGGGUCCAGUUCAGCUGCUGUACGGUGAUGAACUUUCAGUUCCAGCGUUUCAUCCCUCAGAUCUGAAGCAGCUCUGCUUUUCACCUCCCAUUCUGUAUUAAACUGUGUUUAUUUAACCCUGUUCUGACAGCAGUGUUAACAUUUAUAAAUAAUCUUCUCUCAUCA